AUGGACACAGAUUCAGAUGGUUAUUUAAAUUAUUAUGAAGCUAAAACAGCUAUGAAAGCUUUGGGGUUAAGAAUAAAUAAAUCUUUUGUUUUAUCGACUAUUCGCAUGUACGAUAAACGUGGUGAUAGUAAAAUUAGUUUUGAUGAUUUUUAUUUCGUCGAGUCUUUCAUAGACAAAAUUAGAUUGGAAGAUUUACAAAGAAUUAAUAAUAAAAUUGGUUCUAAUCUGACCAUCGAUGAGAUGCAGCUUAUGAUCAAAGAAUUUGAUAGGAAUCAAGAUGAUUCUAUUGACGAAGCUGAAUUCAUUGAAAUGAUGACUGAGUCAUAA